CUGAAAUAAUUAAAUUAAAAAAAAUGAAAUCAAAGGGCAGCAGCAUAUGGUUCUACAAAAUCCAGAGGCAACUCUAUUCAACAUCUCCUUUUCCCUUUUUCCACCACAAGAACUUCUCCCCCUUAUCUCCAGAAUUCUCCAGUGUCACCUCCUCUGCCUUCAUCCUAAUCAUCCCUCCCUUCGUCUUCUUCUCCUCCAUUACACAAACCAAACAAGAAAAAACCUCGUCAUCUUCUGAUCUGUCUUUACGAUCUCAAAACAAAAUCUGUCCGAAGAAGAACGAACGCAUAUUAUCGGGCUGUUGGAUGAUCGGAACUCAUGAAUCCGGUUCUCUGUGAAAUCCUCCUCUCUGGUUUUAUGGUAGAAUCCUCUCUCCACCGCAGAACUCACCUCGUUCAAUCCUUCUCCGUCGUCUUCCUCUACUGGUUCUACAACGUCUCAUGAACUCCUUCCCCCUUGUUUUCUGAUUCUUCUUACCAGUGGUGAAUCUAAGAUCUAAUAUACUGAAUAGCAAACAACCUUUUUAGAAACAACAGAAAGGAGAAACUUUUCAUCUGGGUUUUGUAUUACCUUUGGUGGGUCGUGUUGUAUAUGGCAUCUUCUAGUAGCACAUACCGGAGCUCGAGCCCUGUCUCCAAUGGCGCCGUCGUGGACGAGAGGAAGCGGAAGAGAAUGGUGUCGAACAGGGAAUCGGCGAGAAGAUCACGGAUGCGGAAGCAGAAGCAACUGGACGAUCUGACGGCUCAGAUCAAUCAGCUGACGAACGACAACCGUCAGAUCAUGACGAGCCUCACCGUCACGACACAGCUUUACAUGAAGGUCCAGGCAGAGAACUCGGUUCUCAACGCUCAGUUCUCGGAGCUCAACACAAGGCUUCAGUCUCUCAACGACAUCAUCCGUUUCUUGACGGCGAACACGAACAUGUCCCGUGACGGCGUCAACGAUCAGGCCAUGAUCGACGGCUGUGGUUUCGAUGAUCGGACGGUGGGGAUUCACGACGGUUUCUACGACGACACGUUGAGUGUGUUGAAUCCUUGGAGUGGAUCCGUUUACGCCAACCAACCCAUCAUGGCUAAUGAUAUCAUUAUGUAUUAAUUAAUUAGUCUUUAUCUUUUAAAUUUAUUUUUUUCUCUUAUUUUAGUUUAUGCCUUUUUGUUGUUUUCAUGAAUAUGGAAAUUGCGAGUUAUUAUUGUUAUUCCGAACUAUUGGAUAUUUUUCAUGUUAAA